AUGAGCAUCUCCUUCUCCGUCCUGCUCACCUUCCUGGCGCUGCUGGCCUGCCACAGCCACGAGGCCGCGGUGCUGGAGCGCUCGAUCUUUCUGAAGGAGAGCAUCCGGCUGCUGGGCGAGAUCCUCUCAACGCAGGUUUCCUGUGACAAGACGAACGUGACAAAUGUUUUUGCAGGCAAUGAGACAGACAACGACAUGGAGAUCCUAUGCAAAGCCUCCACGGUUGUUUUCGAGAGCCUGGGCUGCCACAAGCAGCUGAAGGGCAUCUACCUCAACUUGCUGCACAUCGUGACAAAGAGCAGCAGCGGCCUCAAGGCACCAUGUCCCGUGGCAGCAGGCAACACUACCUCACUGCAGGAGUUUCUAGGGGGCCUACACAGAACCCUCCAACGAGUAGUAAAGGAGAAUUUGUGA